CUGAAACCGCUUUGCUCCGGAACGCGAUUGUUUGCCCUCUGACUGCUGUUAAACGCUUCAUCAACGCUGCCGUUCUUUUCCGAAGACCACGAAUUUGCACUCACGGCAAUUUCACAACUGCUGCCUUGCGUGCGAGGCCAAAAUCUGAGGAGCACGAGUUUGGACCAUUUUGACCACGCCCAUCACAUCGCAUAAACAAUGCUCGUCGACCUCUACGCCGCGCCCUACACGGCAGCAGCUCUGAUAACCACCACGGUCCUCGCGCUGCUCUACGGCCGCGAGCGCAAGAAGACGAAGCGACCCCACUGUCGUGAUGUGCGCCUGCCGGGCGGCGAGAAAUGCGUGGUUUCUGGUGUAGCCUUGGGCCUCCCGGGAACUAGAAGAAGGGUCUUCGACCCGAGCAAUUUCGCAGUCCUAAGGGAAGGCACAAAUUUACUAGAAAAGGUCGACGAAGCAGGCGUCAAGGCCAUGUUAAGGAGGAAUGUGGCAAGACUACGCAAGGAGCACGGCAAGGCCACGAAAUUGCCGAUCACGCAGGAGAAUAAUAUAGCCGUGUCCGCGCGGCUCGGCGUCUUCGACCUUUGUCGGGAUUACGGCGUUCCCGAGCCAUUGGUAAAGACCAUGGGCCGCGCGACGCAGCUCGCCGUCGCUGCGGGCUUGGAAUGCAUGAAGGACGCCGGGCUGAUUCCUUCUGUGGAUGGGCAGCUCCCCGAAAGCCUCCGGGACGGCACGGGGAUUAUCUAUGCGACGUCGUUCCCAGCCUUAGAUGCCGCCAUCGGCGAGAUCUCGAAGUACGGCGAUCCUAGAAGGCGACCUACUUCCGAGUUAAUAGAUGCUCUGGCAACACGCAUAGACCCGGAAAAUCAAGAUCUACAGGCCGCUCUACAUCUGUUAAGAGCCAAGGCCCAGGAGUGCCAGAAGCCCUAUGCGUUCGAUCGGAAGUUCCUGUUCAAGGUUUUAUGUUUGGCGAAUUCGCAGCUGGCGCAGCUCGUGAAAGCGCGCGGUCCCAACCUCCAAACGAACGCCGCGUGCGCCGGGACGACGCAAGCCGUAGCCUUAGCCCAAGAUCUCAUAAGAGCGGGCCGCUGCGACCGGGUUGUUGUGGUGAGUGGAGACGACGCGUCGGGCGACGCGCUCAUGCCGUGGGUGGGCAACGGCUUUGCGGCGCUCGGGGCGGCGUCGAUCGCGAAGGACGCUUCGUCGAUAGCGCGACCCUUCGAUAAAAGGCGGUCGGGCAUGGUCGUCGGCGCGGGCGCUUGUGGGUUGGUCAUCGAGCGCGCUUCCUCGGUGGGUGCCCGGCAACCACAGCGGCGCGCAAGGUGCCGCGUCGUCGAAUCUCUAGUCAGCAAUUCAGCGUUCCAUGGGGCGGCCAUGUGUGCCCAACAUAUCGCUACGGAGUUGGAGGCCUUCCUGCAACUCGUCGAACGAAGGCACGGCAUUCCUCGGUCAGAAAUAGCACGAGGCGUCUACCUGAGCCACGAGACGGGCACGCAUGCCACACCGUCAUCAUCUUGCGCGCACAACGAGGUGCAAGCUUUACGGGCGUGCUUCGGGGACGAUUUGAAUGAACUGCGACUGGUGAACACGAAAGCGUUGACCGGCCACCCGAUGGCCGUCGGCGUCGAGGACGCCGUCGCGGCCUACGCCCUGUCGCGGAACGUGUCGUUCCCGCCCAGACCACCAAACUGCGUCGCCGACCCGAACCUCGGCUCGUCCCUGAGGUUUGCGGAUAGGCGGCCCGCGCGGUACGCGCUGCGCUUCGCGGCGGGGUUCGGAAGCCAGGUCGCGUUCGUGCUCUACGCUUCUGCUUAACAUUACAUCACACUU